GCGGUGAAAUAAAAUAAAUAAAUAAAAUAAUAUUGUUCGGCUUUUCCCGGUUAGGAAUCGUCACAGCAGACCUCCGCUCUGUAAAUUGCGCCCUUUUGAGGCCGGGGAGGGCGCAAUUGUAGUUUUUAGGGCGGUGGUGAAAUUAAAAAAAAAAAAAAAAAAAAAAGAUAUGUUGUUGUUGUCUGUUCGUCUUUUCCUGGUUAGGGGUUGUCACAACAGAGCUCCGGUCCGUGAAUUGCGUCCUUUUGAGGCCGGCCUGUACGGCGCCCUAGGCAGUCGUCUAGUUAGCCUAUGGCCGGCCGUGGGUGUGAAUAAAGCUGUCUUAGACCGAAUUAUCAGGGUGGACCAUGCAGGAGAGUAUGGUGCUAAUCGCAUAUAUGCAGGACAAAUGGCAAUAUUGAGUCGAACCGCAGCGGGCCCAGUGAUACAGCAUAUGUGGACUCAAGAAAAAGCACACCUGGAAAAGUUUGAAGAAUUAAUGGUGGAACACAGAGUGCGUCCAACAAUUUUAAUGCCUUUCUGGUACCUUUCAGGGUUUGCCUUGGGUGCUGGUACUGCUUUACUUGGCAAGCAAGCUGCAAUGGCAUGCACAGUGGCUAUUGAAGAAAGCAUAGCAGAACAUUAUAAUGGUCAGAUUAGGACACUAAUGGAGGAAGAUCCCGAAAAAUAUCAAUAUUUGUUGCAGGUUAUAAAAAAAUUUCGUGAUGAGGAAUUGGAACAUCAUGAUACUGGGCUGGAACACAAUGCAGAACUGGCACCAGCUUAUUCUGUGUUGAAGAAUAUUAUUCAGAUUGGCUGCAAGGCAGCAAUUUUCUUAUCCGAGCGCAUUUAAAAUUAAUAUUUAUUUUUAAACUUGAGGUUGUUUUCGCAUAAAUUGACUGGUUUCAGUGUAGUAUUUGUCAUUUUGUUUCUGCAAAUAAAGAUGAGUGUGUCACUUUUUUA